GAUAAAAGUAAAAUUAAAGUCUUAAAAAUUUAUUUAAAAAAGCCCUAAAAAUCCUUAUUAUUCAAAAAUUUUUAAUGGAAGAAAUUUUUUGAUCCUAAAAAAUUGUAAAAUAAAAUAAAGAAUGAUUUUUCAAUAAUAUUUUAUGCAACAUACUCCAGGCAGAUAGGAGCAGGAGUGCCUUUCUGUAUCCGUGGAAAUCCCUGUGCGGGAAUUGAAGGACGGGUAAGUUAGUCGAUAUUUGUGGGAAAUUUCCUCAUCAGCUUAGCAACGGUUGCUAAAAUAACUCGUAUCUACCCAUAUUUUCUCCCAUUCAGCAGUGGUUCUGUGGCUCCUCCGAGGACAUAAGAAAUGUCCCUUGAGGAGGAGAGACGUGCCUCUGGCGAACGACGACGCAAUCUUCUGCACCUUAUUGCUCAAUUUCUGGACGAUAUGGGGCUCAGUGGGACGCGCGACAGCCUCGUGGCAGAAGCAAAAAUCUCCGGGGAACUGCAGGUGUGCGAUAAUGUGGAUCUGGAGACGAUGUACCUGGAGUUUGUCAGUUACUAUCAUGUAAAAUUUGGACGUGCCCCAAAAAUUGUGAAACGAGUCACGCGACAGGAGGCUCGAAAGUCCGCCACGCGUACCACCACCAGCAGACCACCCAAUUCAGCACCAAAGAGUCCGGGGAAGCGCGCAGCAGGGUAUCAGGGGGCAACGAAUGGCACGUGGAACAGCUUGUCUGUCGUGCAAAUCUGCUCAAACACCCCCAACGACACUGGGGAUGGUGAAAGCACCCACUUUGGACGCCCACUGCUCUCAAACUUUGAACACUCAUCACCGGAGUGGCGUGAAAUGGCACAACUUGUGUGCAGAGAUCUCAUCUCUAAUGGAGGGAAAAUCUCCUGGAAGGAUGUUAUUGGCGCCAAGAAUGCAAAGGAAAUUCUCAGGGAGAGUGUUCUCUUACCCAUAGAAUACCCAAAUCUCUUCCACGAGGGCACCAUUGAGCCGUGGAAGUGUGUCCUUCUCCAUGGACCACCAGGAACGGGGAAGACUCUCCUAGCUCGUGCACUCUGUGCUGAAACUCACGGUAAGGUGGCCUUCUUCAACAUCACCACCAGCACAAUUGUGUCCAAGUGGAGAGGAGAUUCAGAAAAAUACCUUCGUGUGCUGUUUGACGUAGCCAAGCUAUACUCCCCGUCGGUGAUUUUCUUCGAUGAGAUUGAGGGACUAACUUCACGCAGAGAUUGCCCAACGGAACAUGAAGCUUCCCGCAGGUUGAAGAGCGAAUUCCUUUCCCUGCUUGAUGGUUUUACUCCUUCAAAUGGAAUUUUUGUUCUGUGCAACACAAACCUCCCGUGGGAGAUUGAUCCAGCCUUUUUGCGUCGCUUUGAGCAGAAAAUUCUCAUAGAUCUACCCACGGCAGAAGAUCGUGUAGAGAUUGUUAAAACUUUCCUACCGGGAAGCACCAAAUGGCCCAGUGGAGCCUACGAGAGGAUAAAGAGCCUAACUGAAGGCUUCACAGGAGAUGACUUGAGGAUUGCAUGCAAGGAUGCGCAAAUGGGGCAAGUUAGGAAAUUCAUUGGAAUGCAGAAGGAUGCCAGGAAAGGAUCCAAUCAACCCGCCAGUGUCUCAUUGGGGGAUUUUGAAGCUUCCCUGAGCAAAAUUACUCCAACAGCAGAUACCGUAGUGGUGAGACAUCGGAAAUGGCAUGAGAAGUUCUCAAAUCCAAUCGGAUAGUGUGCAGAUUUAUUUUUUUAAUAGAAAAUAUAGACAAAUUCACUGGAA